GCGUGGGGAGCCUGUGACGCUCAGGCUUGUCUCCACGCUUCCGCCUACAGAGUCACGACUGGGGACCGCGACGGAGGCGCCUCGAGCGCACGCCAACCCCUGCCUGACCACUCGAGCGGGCGGGCAGGCGCGCACGUACGCACGCACGCACACUUCGGCCCCGCGCCCCUCGUUCUUCGGCUACCAGGAGCGCGAUCACAUGGGCCCAUCGCGCGGCGGCCGGCGCGGGAAGCCGCGCGAGAGCGGGCAGCGGGGUGCGUGUGCCGGCGCCGCCGCGUGACGUACACGGCGCGGGAGCCGCCCCUCCCGCACGGAGGAGCCGGCUGGCCGCCGCGGCGGCGUCUGGAUGAGGACACCAGGCCUAAAGAGCGUGUAGCUUGAUGAGGUCCCACACUUGGGUAACUGGCCUCCAGGGCUCCAGACGCCUUGGUCCUUGCACUCUCCACCACAUCAGGAGUCCAGUGCCGGUUUAACCCGCUCACAGAGAGCCACAAUGGACACAGCCAGCCAUAGCCUUGUCCUCCUGCAGCAGCUGAACAUGCAACGAGAAUUUGGUUUUCUGUGUGAUUGCACUGUUGCUAUUGGAGAUGUUUACUUCAAAGCCCACAGAGCAGUGCUUGCUGCUUUUUCUAACUAUUUCAAGAUGAUAUUUAUUCACCAAACAAGUGAAUGCAUAAAAAUACAACCAACUGACAUCCAGCCUGACAUAUUCAGCUAUUUGUUGCACAUCAUGUACACGGGGAAAGGGCCAAAACAGAUUGUGGAUCACAGUCGUUUGGAGGAAGGGAUUCGAUUUCUUCAUGCCGACUACCUUUCUCAUAUUGCGACCGAAAUGAAUCAAGUGUUCUCACCAGAGACUGUGCAGUCCUCAAAUUUAUAUGGCAUUCAGAUCUCAACGACCCAAAAAACAGCUGUCAAACAAGGGCUGGAGGUCAAAGAAGCUCCUUCCAAUAACAGUGGAAACAGAGCUGCUGUCCAGGGUGACCACCCCCAGUUGCAGCUCUCUCUUGCUAUUGGGCUGGAUGAUGGCACUGCAGACCAGCAGAGGGCCCACCCUGCCGCCCAGGCCUUGGAGGAGCACCAGAAGCCCCCAGUGUCCAUCAAGCAGGAGAGAUGUGACCCAGAAUCUGUGAUUUCUCAGAGCCAUCCCUCACUCUCGUCAGAGGUGACAGGCCCCACUUUCACAGAAAGCAGUAUCAAAAUACACUUAUGCCAUUACUGUGGUGAACGUUUUGAUUCCCGUAGUAAUCUAAGGCAACAUCUCCACACCCAUGUGUCUGGAUCCCUCCCAUUUGGUGUCCCUGCUUCCAUUCUGGAAAGUAAUGACCUUGGUGAAGUGCAUCCACUUAAUGAAACUAGCGAGGCUCUUGAAUGCCGCAGGCUCAGCUCCUUCAUUGUCAAGGAGAACGAGCAGCAGCCUGACCACUCGAACCGGGGUACCACAGAGCCUUUGCAGAUCAGUCAAGUGUCUUUGAUCUCCAAAGACACAGAGCCAGUAGAAUUAAACUGUAAUUUUUCUUUUUCAAGGAAAAGAAAAAUCACCUGUACCAUCUGUGGUCAUAAAUUUCUCCGAAAGAGCCAAUUGCUGGAACACAUGUACACACACAAAGCAGUGUCUCCCAAAUGUGUCGUCCUAGUGUGAGAUAGAAAGCCCAACGCACAAAGAUAGAAUAUUAUUUUGGAGUUGUCAAGUGGCACUCUUCUUGUUAUAAUUAAAAAUCAAGCCACUGAUCCUGCUAUGACCUCAAAGAGAAACCCUCAAGUCCUUCAGCAAACCAAAUGCCAGGCUGCACUAUCGUCUCCAGACUGAUGGCCGCAACGAGACGCAGCAGGCGGCGCUUCCACCUUCAUCCUGCAGGGCCGGUGCUGGGGAGGCUGAGGAGGCAGCGCCUUUCCUGCUCAGUUCUCACUUCACAAGACCCAAAGGAGGAACACGGCUUGUCUGCUUUUUAAUUUUGUUUUAACGUGUCUUUCAUAGAUGCCAUAUUAUUUUUGCUUCAGCAACAAUUAUUACAACAUCAGGAAUUAAACUACAUUAGGAAUCAGUACCCUUUAACUUGGGCCAAGACAUUUCUGUACAUAAUCUUGAUGGUUUUAUAAUCACUGUUCUUACUGGUCCAAUUUGGCCCUCUAAAACUGAACUUGUAAUGCUUACGGAUUAUAAUUCCACUUGCUUCUUUUCUAAAGACUUGGCUUUGUCAAAUAUAUCUACUUAGAUGCAAAUUGGUAAGUUUUAUAAGUGAAAACUCAGUAUAUUUUUAUCUGUAACAAUGUCCUGUAUAAUGAAUACACACAUGUUCCAAAUCAAAUCCAGACAGGAAAAGAGUUUAAGCUGAAUUUCUACAAUUUAACUAUAAAAAAUGUCAGAGAAUAGGAUGAGUCACCUCUGUAACAAAAAACAUCUAUACUUUAGAAAACCUAAUUCUGACAUCUGAGUGCCAAUCAAUACUCCCCAGAACAAACUACAGGGAUCUGAUGUCAGUCUCUCUUCUCAAAUUCUGUAAGAGAGAAGCAAUUCCUGGGUGUGGGGAAAAGUAGGGAACGGGAAGGAACUGGUUCCCAAACCUAGCAGAAAAGCCUGAAGAUGACAUUAUAAAGGACAUGUGCCCAUCGAUGCAGACAUGCAUGUGCAUGUCGGAAGAAAACUCGAACGAUGAUCCCCCAAACAGUGAUUAAUAGGAUUUUCAACAUUUUUACUCUUUCCCAAAGAAAACUUUCCCCCUACACAUUGGUCAUGUUGACAAUCAGAAAAUUUUAAAAAAUGAAAAGGUUAUGUGUACAUACACAUAGGAACUUGGAUAUAAAACUCUGAAAGAAGCCACCAUGCCUUGAAUUAAUACAUAAAACACUCAAAUCCUCUGAGCCCUGUUCAGACCUCAACAGCAAUUAGAAGGCAUUAAAAAUAGUGAUUGUUACACCGUCUCAAUUAAGUAUGGAAAUGUCUUGGUCCAAGUUGGCUUCUGAUGCAAGAGUUUGUUCUGGACAAGAAAGUCUUGGGCUGGGCAGGCUGUGUUUCCUUCAAGCUACAGGCACAUUCUCAUGGCCUGACCACUUUCAGCUUUGCUUCCAUCUCCACGGUCACCCCUCUGCACACACACAUCAAAGGUGACGAUACAGACUAUAGCUACUGCCCUUCCAGCUGGCAGCUGCUGACAACUUCUCCAGAAAGAACAACACAAGUGUUUCUGCAGUAGUCAAGGUGCUGGUAAAUGGCUUAACAUUCCUAUUAAAAGGGAAUUUCUACAAAUCCCAAGGACUGAUGAUCAUAACAGGCUAAACCUCCUGCUCUCUGGAGGGGCUGAGGGGCACCGGUCUGCAGGCACCUGUCUGACCACCGUUGGUAUGUGAUGAUACCGCCCCUCACUGAGGGCUGACAGGAGCAGGGCUCGCAUCUUCAUAAGCUGCCCUAGGCCAACACCAGCAGGGAUGAAAACUGGAUUCGGCAUUCAUCUUACGUACUCUUGACUCUAUAAUGCCACCUCCUACCACUUCCUACUGUACUGAAAGAAUAACCUAGCUCCAAAAGCAGAUCUAUUGGUUCCCUUUCCACUGUGUACUGGCUGAGUUUAAUAUUUCAAUCUUGGAUUGCAGGUAAGUACAAUCUGCAGCUGUGGGACAGUGGGCGGGCCUCAGGGGGAAGCUGGGCACAGGAUCAAUGUUAACCCUAGGACAAAACUGUCCAAACUGCGAUUGUGGCCCAGAAGCACUGAUCUACCUCCCUACUGCCAACUGUCCUCCUUUAAUAUGCACAAAAUCUCUAAGAUAAGAAAGUGUCUGAUUAUGAAUUCAUCCUGAAGUGUAAAUAAGCAACCUCCCCCUUCGGAUCUGCAGGGUUCAUUUGCAUUUUAAGGGGGAAGUCGUUCACUCAAAAACAAUGAAUUUCCUGAAUUUCGAGCAAGAGCUCUGGGCCUGUCAAGAUGAGGGAGGUGCAGAGCCUCCGUGCCGGCUCCCAGGGCUGCUGGGAGGACGAGCUCAUCUGUGAAAGGUACCCCAUAAACGUUACACAGAAGCACCACCACAGCCUAUCAACCCGUCACCACAGCCCAUCCUGGAUCCAGGCAAGGUCACAGUGCCCCUGGGAAACAGAAUUGUUAUUCUGUACAAGCAGUCAUGGCAUCAUCCUUGAAGUGACACCAAGAUGGUCCACAGCAGACGAUUAAUCAUCCAGGCCUGACGCCAGCUUUCUCCUCAGCAAUGAACUCUGCUCAGCUGGCACUUGCUGAUGCCUUCAGUAAUCAAUUUAGGACGAGAAGCCCAGAGGAAUAAAUGCCCUCUCUGCC